AUGGAUAGAACAGUGACGGAAGCUCCUGAGCAAGAUGCACCACCACCCCACUCAUCCCCAACACAGGUACCUCCACCUCCCCCAACACAGGCACCUCCACGUCCCCCAACACAGGCACCUCCCCCAACACAGGGCACCUCCACCUUCCCCAACACAGGCACCUCCCCCAACACAGGCACCUCCACCUUCCCCAACACAGGCACCUCCCCCAACACAGGCACCUCCCCCAACACAGGCACCUCCACGUCCCCCAACACAGGCACCUCCCCCAACACAGGCACCUCCACCUUCCCCAACACAGGCACCUCCACCUUCCCCAACACAGGCACCUCCAACUUCCCCAACACAGGCACCUCCCCCAACACAGGCACCUCCACGUCCCCCAACACAUGCACCUCCCCCAACACAGGCACCUCCACCUUCCCCAACACAGGCACCUCCAACUUCCCCAAACACAGGCACCUCCACACCUUCCCCAACACAGGCACCUCCCCCAACACAGGCACCUCCACCUUCCCCAAUACAGGCAACUCCACGUCCCCCAACACAGGCACCUCCCCCAACACAGGC